UUUCCCUUGUCACCUACCGUGCCUAGAAGCGGAUUUGCACUUGCAGAGCACCUUGUGUCCGCGGUAUGUGCGUUGUGAACGCAAAUGAGGAAGACGCGAGAGUAGAUGGACGACAUAGUGCGCCGCUUCCCCGUGUUGCCUGCCCAGUUUCCUGUGGUCAUUGCAGCCCAAAUGCGUCGGAUGAGCACACGUCCGAUUGUGAAGAAGGUCAGGGAACUGAUGUGGUCCAAAUUACACGACAUCCUCUGAGGGAAAUCGGAUCAGAUCAGUCAAGCGGAAUCAAGGCAUGUUUCUACGAUAGCGGAGUCGUUUCUGUAAGAUAUUGCCUCGAACACAUCGGUCAUGCUGUAACAGCAGCGGCUUUGCCACUUUCGCGUACGGAUAAAGAAUGCAUAGCGCAUUAUAUUCAGCUUGGACUCGAUGUUCCUACAGUAUUGAGAGUCAUACGGAAACAACAUGUCGACACAAAAUACCGACUUUACUGGAUCACAGCUGCGGAUAUUCGGAACACAAGAUCUGGGUUGCACUUGCAACCCGGCAGGCUACAUGAUGACGAUUUAGAAUCACUGAUCCUGAGGAAGGGGAUGAAUAUGGACUCCGACGGCAUGAGAAGAUUUGAUCACCCAAAGGAAGCUGGCGGACGGUUCUGCCUAGUCAUAAUAACACCUGAGCAACUGCAGUUACUUGACCGUUACAGCGCUCGAGGAGUAGCCCUGGACGACACGCAUUGCACAACACGUUAUAAUCUGAAACUCGCCACAGUAAUGCUCGUCGAUGAUUGUGGACGGGGUGUUCCUGGCGCAUUCCUGCUAAGCAGUGCCAUGGAUGUAUGUGCAUGUCAAGCUCUCUUUGAGGAAAUCAAGAAACUUUAUGAGGAAUUCAAUCCGAAGUUCUUUGUUACUGAUGACACCAUGGUUUUCUGGAACGCCUAUAAAACAGUAUUUCCAAGCAAUGAAACUAUCAAGCUCCUGUGCGCAUGGCAUUGCCAGCGGGCAAUCUUCGAGAAGUUAAAUACUUGUCUGCCGAGGAAUAGCGAAAAAAGACGCUUGUUGGGAGGUUGGCUAAAAACACUUUUCACCCAGUGUAAUAAGGUUGAGUUCUCGAAAGCAAAGGGCAUGUUGCUUGGUUUGUUGGCUGAGCAGAGAAUGACCGAUUCCGGCAUUCACGCUUUCGAGGAUUACUUCCGGCGCUACUAUCUGAGAAGAGAAGAAGAAUGGGCUCCUUACAAUCGUGUGGCAUCGAUAGCAAAUACAACAAUGAUUUGCGAGAGAUGGCAUCGGACACUCAAGUAUACAUUUCUUGGAAGCUCCAGUAACAAAAGGGCAGACGAAUUAGUUCAUAUACUAAUAGGUAUUACACCAAUAUUGGCCCGAGAACACCUUAUUCAGGAUGCUCGAGGAAUAAUAGAAGGAAAAUUCCGUGCUAAAGAGAACUGUCUGCGACACAAACGUGCAGUCGAGAUCAAGGAGUAUGCACCUCAAAAGAUGUCAUCUAAUGAAUGGCGCGUGCCAUCUUUUGACACACCUCAGAAGUGGUACAAACUCACAGUUGCAGCUUGCCCUUGCGAUACUGAUGACACUCAUUGUCCACUCUGUCAUGUUUGUCCUGUGGCUAUUGCGUGCUCGUGCCCCGAUGGAAUUAAAAGUGGAAUGUCAUGCAAGCAUGCUCAUGCUUGGACAAUCUACCGCGGCAAUGAUGAAUCCUCACAAAUAGAGCAGCAGAAUGCUACAACUGAGAAGACACCGUUUUACUGCUUUCCCGAAACCGAUCUGCCACAGGUUGGACGGGGUUUCGAAAGUGAAGAAGACUUAUCGUGGAUGGAUUUGAGGAAAACUAUUGUGGCUGAGUUACAAGAGUAUGUCGACCGCCUAUCGUAUUCGUGGAAUACGAGUACGUCUGCGGAUGAAGAAAGAGUCUCCAGCCUGCUUCGAACCCGUGAGCAUAUCCGAAAAGCGGUGGAGGAGGAGCUAGGAGGUGCUAACACUCCUCGUCUGAUUCCACGUAGAACAUGUCACACAAAGAAUGUCAAACAAAGAAGUCAGUCGAAAAAAACUAUGUCGAAGCGCAAAUCAAAAUCGAAAAGCUCCAUGUCUUCAACUUUUCAUACGGAUGAUAUCAAUACGGAGGAACUCAACAUAUGUGUCAUUUGCAAUGACACGCAGCCUCCCCUGGACGACCCCGAGGACGAGGAGAUCAUGGUGGGUGCACCCGUGCUGUGGUGGUCCUGCACGAACUGCAGAGCAUGGGUGCACCGAGACUGCAUGACAGCAAGGGAAUGCAUUGUAUGCGAUAAAGGAUUUUUCGAAGCCUAA